GCGAGGGUCGACUGCAGUCCGCUCGGCAUUUCGCGCCGGUGAUCGCGAUGUUCUGCUGCUUUGUUCCGAGCUGGCCCUCCGCACCAUGGAAGUGACCGUCCGCACCUUCUGACACAAACGCAGCUCUUCUGUUUGCGAGGAUGGAUCUGGACACGAUUUUGCCGGACGUCGGCGAAUUCGGGACGUACCAGCAGAUGGUUUUGUACCUGGUGCUUCUGCCAGGCGUCCUGCCGUGCGGUUUCCACGCGUACAACCAGAUCUUCAUGACCGCCAGUCCGGAGCACUGGUGUCGCGUGCCGCAACUCGAAGGUCAAAACCUCACUUUACAGGAGGCGCGGAACCUCAGUAUUCCGUUGGAGGAGGAUGGUUCGCACAGCAAGUGUCUGAUGUACGACCGCAACUACGACGACCUGCGGGAGAAUUUUAAAGAGAACUCAACCGUUUCCUGCUCUUACGGAUGGGACUACGACUUUUCCGAGUACAUCAACACCGUCGUCACUGAGUGGGACAUAGUUUGUGACAAAACCUUUUAUACCACUUUGGCCCUGGUUUUGCUCGGUGUGGGUGGACUUGUAGGAAAUUACGUUUUUGGCUACCUGCAGGACAGUUUGGGUCGGCGACCGUCUUUCUUCAUCUACCUGCUGAUACAGUGCGCCUUUGGCAUCGCCACCGCGUUUGCUCAAGACUUCACGACCUGGCUGGUGCUCAGGGUCGGAGUCGGCUUCACCGUACCUGCCAUCCUUGGCACCCCCUAUGUCUUAUCAAUUGAACUUGUGGGGCCAGAAAAGCGGACGCUGUGCACCAUCAUGACCAACAUCGCGUACUCCAUUGGACUGGUCUUGCUGUCCGGAAUUGUCUACUUGGUCAGGGACUGGAGGCAGUUGGCACUGGCCACGUCCCUCCCUUUCCUCUCAUUCUUUUUCUAUUGGUGGGUUUUGCCUGAAUCGCCGAGGUGGCUUCUUGCAAGAGGCAGAUUUGAAGAAGCAGAUGAAAUUCUGAAAACAAUGGCCCGGGUCAACGGCAAGGUCCUGCCAGCCGACUACUUUGUUCGUCUCAGGCGAAGACAACAGGUUGAGCUGCACCUGCAGCAAAAACGCCAGAAUUCGGAGGAGCGUUCCUAUGGCUUGUGGGAUCUGCUGAAGACUCCAAACCUGCGAAGGAAGACCCUGAUCAUCACGUUCAUUUGGUUCACCAACACGUCCGUUUACGUGGGUUUGUCUUACUACGCGCCAGUGCUCGGCGGCGACGAGUUUUUGAACUUUUUCCUCGCUGGGGUCGUUGAACUGCCCACCUACAUCUUCCUGUGGCCGGCCAUGGACUGCUGGGGUCGCAGGUGGACCCUUUGCCUCAGCAUGGUCAUCGGAGGAUCCGCCUGUCUUGCCACCUUUUUGGUCCAAAACGAUGAUUUGGUAACUCUUUCUCUCUACUGCGUCGGCAAAAUGGGCAUUUCGUCCAGCUACGUGGUGCUGCCUCUGAUGGCCUCCGAGUUGUACCCCACGGUGGUCCGCGGCCUCGGAAUGAGUUUCAGCUCGGUGGUGGGCAUGUUGGGCCCCACUUUGAUCCCUUUGGUCAAUUAUCUGGGUGCGGGCAUGCUGGUGCUGCCUUUGAUGGUGAUGGGCGCUCUCUUGGUGCUCGGAGGCAUUUUCAGCCUGAUGCUGCCCGAAACGCUGCACCAGAGUUUGCCAAACACGCUCGAGGACGGCGAGGAGUUUGGCAAACACUGGGGAUGUGGCGAUUUCUGCACAUGCAUGCCACCCAAAAAAAUGGUGAAGGUGGCUCACAUUUCAACAAAUACCGAAUCACCUUUGACGAGUCUUCUGGAGCACCAAGUAAAAAAUAGAGACGCUGCCGGAAACUCGUUCCCUCCCAAAGAGGAGAUGUACAUGAUCAGCGUGGUGUGAUCCACAAUUAUACAUAUCAAAUUUCAGGUAGAGAUAGUAGCUGCAGGUGUGAGGUAUGCAACCUGUCCUGUAAACGUAUCCGACAGGUUGCCUACCGCUAAUUGCUGCAGGCGUUUUUUUCUGUCUUUUGAAAUAAAAUGGAUUUAAAAA